AUGGCAAUUGGCGCCACCACCACCGCCUUCACCUCAAUCUCCGCCAGCACAACUCUAUCUUCACUCGUAUUAUCCUCUAUCUUCCGCCGGAGCUUCUCCGCCCCUAUAAACCUCAAGUACCCUUUAGUCGCCAAGCGCUCGCUCUUCAGGAGCAUCCGCAAGUACCACGCCGUCAAUGCCGUAAACAAAAACUUAAGCUUCGAAUCUCCUUCAUCUCCAGAUGUUAUCUUGAAAUCUUCAUCUCCAAAUUCCGAUAAUUGCUAUCCUCCAUACGUUCGUCUUCUUCCUUGCCCUUCUCAGAAUGGACCUCCGAGGGUCGAACAUUUGGUUGUUUCAGAAGGCGGACCUGCACUUGGGUAUAUAAGUAAAGCUCUUGAUCUCCCACCACUAUUUGUUGCAGAUCUUAUUCGUUUUGGAGCUGUUUUUUAUGCUCUUGUAUGCCCGGACCCACCCGCAACUGCUACACCUGAGCAAAUCAAAAUGUUUAAGAAAUACACAGACCCGUUAUUUCUGAGGCAAAGAUCGUCUAUUAAAGGGAAGACAAAACGAGAAGCUCAAAAAACUUUCCGGAUAACUCACGCGGAUGAGUUUGUCGAAACUGGAACUUACUUACGAGUGCACGUGCACCCAAAGCGCUUUCCGAGGUGUUAUGAAAUCGACUGGAAGUCUCGAAUCAUUGCUGUGACUGAAAACUAUGUUGUUUUAGAUAAACCUGCGGGCACAUCGAUUCGAGCACAACUGGCUGCUUGUGGGGCUCCCUUAGUGGGUGACUCGAUGUAUAUGCCAGCUGCCAUUGCUGAGGCUAACUGCCCGGGAUUGAACCCGUUUGGCAAGCACAACCAAAACAAGUAUGAUGAAGACGACGAGGCUAAAUCACUAGCUGUCGAAGAAUGGAUUGCCUGUCAUGGCAAGGAGCCGACUGUUGCUAUUGGCCUUCAAGCGUGUUAUAUAUCAUGGGACGAUAACGGGCCCCACACUUACGAGGCUGGUUCACCAUGGUGGAGGUAA